AUGGGGCGCGACCUCUCGCGCGAGGCCGAGGAGGCGGCGCAGCGCCGCGACCAGAACGAGAAGGCUGUGGAGGACGCCAGGAAUCGCCUACAUGCGAAGGAGCGGUACUUGGAUGACGCCAAGCAGCAGGUCGAUGAGCGCGAGAACGCAGCGAGGCAGAAGGAGGCUGACCUGGCAGAGCAGAGGAAACAACGUGAGCUCGUUUCACAGCACGAGCGUGUUUUGAUUGAGCAGGAACUGCGGUUGAGGGAGCAGAGAGAUAGCCUGGAGGAGCGCGAGACGAAACUCAUGUCGGAGGCGAGCAGUUUCUUGGGGAACCUUCGAACACAGCUGCAGGGCGGGCAUUCUUUUUCGCGUGAUUGA